CACACCAAAAGAUACCCCUGCUGUCACGCCAUUAUAGUGAUGGCACCAGCACUCUCUGCGAAAGAAUGGCUGAAACAAACUGGGAAGCAUCGUGUGUGGAUGGUAGUAUCCAUGGAUAGUUACUAGCUAGUACCAGUAUCGCUUGCUUGAGCAGAUGAAUGGUUGGAAACAACCAACUGGGCAUUGAGCAUCCUUGAGUUGGAUACCCCACCCCACGGCCACUACCGAUGAAGGAUGGAUGGUUCGGACCAUGUCAAGUGCAGCGUUGACGAAGAUAACGAAACAGAAAACGCGCCGGUGGCAGAUGCCACGGCUCAAAUCGAGUCUCUACGGCGGGUCCUUGUCAAAAAGCCAAGAAAUGCGAAGAUCAUGUCCCAGCUAGCCUAUCUCUUGGCCACACAGAGCAAGUUAAAGAAAGUGGACAAUCUACCAGACCCGGCACUGCUGGAAGAAGCCAUUUCUCUUGCCCAAAACGCCACAACCACAGCGCCGCAGAAACCGUUUGGAUUUGCGGCCCUAUCCACCAUUUUGCCUGACUUUGGCGACCGUCAAUCCUCCCUCCACGAGGCCAUUGCCAGAACGACCGAACCUCAACACGUUCUCGCUCGAGCCACACUCUUGGUGCGAUUGCUGGUAGAGCCACGAGAUCAGGAAGCUCGUCUUGUGCGAGGGACACUGGGAAGUUCCUCCUCCAAACAUCCCAGCAAGAGACCCUUGAAUGCCAAGGAAGAAGCUACCUAUGCCGAUAUUACAAAGACACUGGACGAGGCCUGGCAGCAGCAGCAAACCACACUGCCACCAUCAGAGAAUAUGUCAGAACAGUUGGCCAAAUUGGAAUAUCGAUUAGGACUCUUCUUUCGCAAGAAACAACCUCCCCAAAUCAGCCAAGAACGAGCCUCAAAGCACUUCCAAAAGGUUUGUGACGCACUGCCCCAAAAACACGGCAAGUGGAGCAUGGCACAGUUCUGGUUGGCCACCUUGAGUGACACCACAACGCUCCAGAAAUGCCCCCAAGACUACAUUGUGGGUCUCUAUUCCACCUUUGCACCUCGAUUUGACACUUUGCUGCUGGAAUCUCUCAACUACACCACUCCCACCGAGCUACGAAAACUUGUGGAUGAGGUGGCAAACACAAAAUCCGGUUGGGCCCAAAGAGCGGUGGAUCUAGGCUGUGGCACGGGUCUGUCGGGAAAGGCCUUUCGAGACUGCGUAGCGGGUCACUUUGUUGGAGUGGAUCUUUCUCCCGACAUGUUGGACAAAGCCAAGGAACGAAAGGUGUACGACGAAACCAUCCAAGGCGAUUGCCUGCAAGGCCUGUCACAAAAGGCAGACACCGACCUGAUCACUGCCUGUGAUGUGUUUGUGUACAUUGGAGAUCUUCAGGAUAUCUUUGUGGCGGCCUAUCAAUCACUGUCGGCCAAUGGUCGGUUUGCCUUUUCCACGGAACUACUGGAACUUGACCAGGAUUCCACGGUCGACUAUGUUUUGCAUGAAUGUGCCCGAUUUGCCCAUUCCAAAGCAUACAUUGAAUGUUUGGCUGCCGAUGUUGGAUUGGAGUUUUGUGGCCACAAGGUUUGCGCUAUUCGAAAGAAUCAGGGCAAGGAUGUUCUUGGUUCUUUAGUGGUGCUGAGUAAGGGCAAGUAGACAUAUCAGGAAUGAACAAAGCAAGCUAGCUAUGUAGCACCGCAAAUUUUUGGUACAGUACGAGUGGACUCUUGAAAUGUUUAAUGAAACGUCGCAACGGUAGAACUAAAUAAAUAAACUUCAUCUAAAGC